AUGGUGUAUGAAUCUAUUCCUAGAACGGUUCGAAUAAUCUUGCUUGGGGACCCAGGUGUCGGUAAAACUUCACUUAUUCUUUCAUUGGUUACUGAAGAGUUUGCGGAACAUGUCCCUCCUAAAGCAGAAGAGAUCACAAUCCCUGCCGAUGUCACCCCAGAGCAAGUCCCUACAAACAUCGUUGAUGUAUGCCUUACUGAACAAACUCUAGAGCAAGUUGCAGAAGAAAUUGAAAAAGCUCAUGUAAUAUGUAUAGUGUUUUCUGUGGAUAAGCAAGAAACAUUAAAUAAAAUAGCCUCUUAUUGGUUACCAUUUGUAAGAGACAAUUGCCCAGAUGAUUACAGAAAACCUGUAAUUCUUGUUGGAAAUAAAAUAGAUUUAAUUGAUUAUUCUGUCAUUGAUAAUAUUUGGGACAUAGCUGAAGAAUAUCCUGAAGUGGACAGAUGCAUAGAAUGUUCAGCAAAAACCUUAACAAAUGUUUCAGAAAUGUUCUAUAAUGCUCAGAAAGCAGUAUUACAUCCUAUUCAUCCUAUAUAUUCUAUUGAGGAACAAGAGCUUACAGAAAGGUGCAAAAAAGCUCUAACUAGAAUAUAUAAGAUUUGUGAUCUUGAUGGUGAUGGUCUCAUAGAUGAUUAUGAAAUAACAGUAUUCCAGAAGAAAUGUUUCGAUACUCCAUUACAAUUGCAGGUUUUAGAUGAAGUAAAAUCUGUAAUUGCACAAAAUAUUGCAGGUGGUAUAGAAAAUGACUGUAUAACAAUGAAAGGGUUUUUAUUUUUGCAUUGCUUGUUCAUACAAAGAGGUAGGAAUGAGACCACAUGGACAGUUUUGCGCAAAUUUGGAUAUGAUGAAAGUUUAGAAUUAACUCAACAUUAUUUAUACCCUAACAUUAAAAUACCCGUUGGCUGCACUUCUGAACUCUCAUACAAAGGACAGCAGUUUUUAACUCAGUUAUUUGAAAAAUAUGACAAAGAUAGAGAUGGCAUGUUGAACCCUACUGAAUUAAAAAAUGUUUUUUCUUGUUGUCCUCGAAUUCCAUGGCACAAUUUACGUUACACAGUACCAACCAAUGAUAAGGGUUACUUAACUCUACAAGGUUGGAUGUGUCGGUGGACUCUUAUGACUUUACUUGAUUUACAAAACACAAAUGCUUACUUAGCGUAUCUAGGAUUUAACUUUUUGGAGAAUGAUACUCAAAAAUCAGCAAUACACAUAACUAGAGAUAAAAAGGUUGACAUAGCAAAAAAGCAAUCCAGUAGAAAUGUAUAUCAGUGCCACAUCAUUGGACCUAGAUCUUGUGGCAAAACUUCAAUGUGUAGAAGUUUUUUAGGUAUAGCACAUAAGAAAAUUAAACCAAAUACACACGAGCGAGGCGAUGGGUACAGCGCAGAGGGCAAUUGUUGUAUAAACACAGUGCUUGUUUAUGGACAGGAGAAGUAUUUAGUUCUGAAAGAAAUUUCAAUCACCCGAGUGUCUGAUCCCCUGCAACCCCAUGAGGUGAACUGUGACGUCGCCUGUCUCGUAUACGACGUAACUGCCUGUAGAUCAUUUGAAUACAUCGCUAGAAUUUACAUUAAAUAUUUUGCUGAAAGUCACAUUCCCGUUUUAAUCGUUGGUACAAAAGGCGACAAUAUUAUUAUAAGGCAGGAAUACAUUUUGCAACCAGAAGUGUUCUGUAAUAAAUACCAGUUGCUACCUCCACAAUUUUUCAACAUCAAAGAGAACAAACAAGAUGUGUUUGUGAAGUUGGCCACCAUGGCAGCAUUUCCUCAAUUUCAAGCUGCUUGGAUUUUGUUCAGCAAACACAGGUUAGUA